AUGGCUCAACCACAACCGCAGGCGCAGCCUCAGACCCAGACGCAGGUCCAGGUGCCGCCUCGCGCCUUCUCUCCGCCGCAGCAUUCCCCAUCGCCGGCCGCGUCGCAGUCGAGCUUUGCCCUCCCACCGCAGAAACGAGUUCGAACGGACGGUCCUCCUUCGCAACCCGAGUCUCCUUAUGCUACCUCCCCAUACGCUGCGAGCCCGGGCGCCACAGCGACGCCGCCUGCCGCAACAGGAUCCCCUGCCUUUGCGCAGAGUCCUGCUCUACCUCAGCCAUAUGCUACACCUUAUACCAAUGGGCAUACGACGCCUGGUCUUAAUCUUCCAGACGUGCGGCCGAACUCGACACCCCCGAUUCAACAGCCUCAACAACCCGGCACACCUGUGCCUCAGUACACCAACGCAACGAUGACACCUGUACCUGUUCCUGCCCCUGGUCAAUUGAUGGUUCCAACUCCUGGCCCAAGUGUUAUGGGGCCCCCACAGAGGCCAGCUGAGCGACCGACCAAGGACUACGAAUACGAUGUGACAGAUUCGCUUGCUGGUACUGGUAUUGAUCUUCGAGCUGAGGAGCAAUACAUGAAUGAUCUGUACGCAACCGGGUUCGAUGAAGCACGGACAGGAUUCGCACACCAGCCGCCUGGGCCGAAAUCAACAUUCUACGGUGCGGGACCAGCAAACCAACCUGCCCAAUCGGUUCAAGAUCAACAGCAGGAACAGUUCGCUGCGCAGCAAGCGGAGAGAGCUUGGACAGAGUCAUCGAUGAGACUUGCACUUCAACGAACACAGGAGAUAAAUGAACCAUUUUUGCUGGUCGCUAUGCUGCAUCGCCGUGCGGAUAAGAUCGCACGGGAACAUCACCUGGGGCUAAAUCUGGACCUUAAGAACAACAACCAGACGAUGGGGAAGAUGAGACUUCCGGAACAGUUCUCGGCGCCAAAAGUGACUGUCAAAGUGGCUCCAGGCCCGGAUUCGACCAUGGUUCAUACGACAGGCUCAUAUAUUCCUCACGAUGCUUAUCUGGUAGAUCAGUUAGCAUUGUUGUCAAUUGCUACGAAGCAGCGACUUCGGGAAUUGGUAGAAGAUGCCAACGUGGUGGCAGCGAACCGACAAAAGACGUCUCACGGCGAUGUGCCGGAGGAGUGGUUACCAGCAGCUGCGCCCAUGAAUGCAGAGCCUCUGGAGCCUGUUGAAAAGCCGGCAGAUACUAUAAACGGUGUCGAUGAAGCUCCUGUGGAAAGUGCGGAUGGGGAUAGCACGAAUCCAUUAAAGCGCUCUAGCGAUGCAGCUGGGUUGGCAAAUGGUACACCUCCUGUCAAGCUACCUAAAGUGUCGUCUUAUAUGACAACUACGAUGCGAGACCUAGCGAGACAGGAGCGCGACUGGGAAGAAGCACGCCUUCGCAAACGUCAAAAGCGCAAGGACGGAAUACCAGACUCGGGAAGCACGACAUCGCGUGCGGGUAGCGUAGCACCUGGUACUCCCGGCACCGCAGCUCCGGAAGCCCCCAAGAGCAUGACAAAGAAGGAGAUCAAGAAGAACCAGCAAAUGAAGGCGGCUGAGAUUGACAACCAUCAGAGCCAGAACACGACCAGUAGCAUCUUUGCUGGCCUAGGAGGUAAAGGUGGCCUGUUUGGCAAGAAAAAGACAGGCAAGACGUACGAUUGGAUGAAUGUCGGACGCGGAGGCAGUGGAGCCAGCACGCCGACUAGGACUGCUCCGGGACUCGGAAAAGGACCCGGAGGAGCAGGAGCGGCGCCGGCGCCGGCGAACAUGGCGAUGACUACCGAAGGACGCAACCGACUCGGCACGUGGAGAGAGGACAAAGAAAAGGGGCGAAACAUUCAACUGCGCGAUUGGGCUGCAGUACUGGAGAGGGACGGCCGAGAAGGCAAGGCACUUCAAAGAGCGUACCUAUACUUGGACGCGUCAAACCCAAAGUAA